GGCGUGUCCGGACAUGCCGUGGACACACGCAUAUGUUUUAAAAGCAGAGUGUGUGUGACUUUGAGUAGGAUUUGAAGGCGCGGUAUGAAGAAGUCAACAUGAGGAUUUCCUUCUGCGCAGUUUUCUUUGCUUUUAGUGUCGCCACGGCGACCGAAACGCUUCGCUGCGAGUGCAACGGCCGCUCGAGCGUGUGCGUGCGCGAUGCCCGGGGUCUUCGUUGCGUGGACUGUUCGGGAAACAGCCAAGGUCGGCAGUGCGAACGUUGCAAAGAUGGAUUCUACCAACAGGGAGCGACUCUCAGCUGCACACCGUGUGGCUGCCACCCCGCAGGUUCUGUGAGCAGCAGGUGUGACAGCAGGGGGCGCUGUGCCUGCAGAGAAGGAGUCACUGGAACAAAGUGUGACCUCUGUCCCAAUGGGCCCAUCGGGCCCCAAGGAUGUUCACCAAGACGACGAUCCAGAGAAGAUUCUGGGAGUGCAUUCUGUUUCUGUUACGGCCACAGCAGCCAAUGUUCUCCUCAGUCGACGUACAGCGUCCACAAUAUCUCGUCCACCUUUGAGCACGGCCCCGACGGCUGGAAGGCGGCAACGUCUCAUGGCUUAACCCCAGCGGACGUCCACUCCCGCUGGUCCCCCAACUACAAGGACAUGGAGGUGAUCUCCAGAAACAGUCUGCCAGUUUACUUGUACGCGCCAGCUUCUUACCUGGGCAACAAGUUGCUGAGUUACGGUCACAACUUGUCCUUCUCACUGCGUCUGGACCGCGGUAUCAGACACCCGUCCAUCAACGACGUCAUUCUGGAAGGUUCCGGUCAUCGGGUAUCAGCCUCUCUGGGCGACCUGCGCUCUAUCGUUCCUUGCGGACAGAAGAUCAACUACACCUUCAGACUGGACGAGCAGCCCGGCAGCAGGUGGCGGCCUCAGCUCACCCCUUUCCAAUUCCAGACUCUCCUCCAGAACCUGAGCACCAUCAAGAUACGAGCCACCUUCGGAGACAGAGGACGUGGUUACCUUGACAAUGUCAAUCUGAUCUCGGCGAGGCGAGGGGAGGGCAGCCCAGCCCACUGGGUGCGGACCUGUGUCUGUCCCUCGGGAUAUGAGGGCGACUUCUGUCAGCAAUGCUCAGCGGGUUUCAAACGGCGAAGAUCGACGGAAGGAGCGUUCAGCCCUUGCGAGCCCUGCAGCUGCAUGGGGGGCGACUGCGACCCACAGACGGGUGACUGCUAUCCAGCAGACGAGACACAGACAUGCUCGAACGGCUUGUACUGGGACUUUUGUUACGGCUCGCCGGGGGGGGGCGCUGGAGGGUGGCAGCUGUGCCGCCCCUGCCAGUGCAAUGGCAACAUUGACGUCAGCGUGGCGGGAAGUUGCGAUCGAACCAGCGGCGAAUGCCUCAAGUGUGUCAACAACACAAUGGGCCGCUUCUGUGAAAUAUGCUUGCCAAACUUUUAUCGCCGCAACCUGAACGACGCCUGCAGACCGUGUGACUGCGAUCUUCGGGGCUCCGAUUCGGCACAGUGCGAUGACAACGGUCAAUGUCGCUGUAGACCAGGCUUUGAGGGUCCGACGUGUCAGACAUCGCGCGAGUGUCCCGCCUGUUUUAAUGGAGCCAAAGCCAAGAUGGAGGAAUUAGCUUUCAAACUUCAGCAGUUGCAAAUACAGAACUCUCAGAUUGGUGGCGGGCUCAAUACCGGCAACAACGGCAACGUGGAGGCUGUGCUGAAUGCGGCCAAGGAGCUGACGGACAAACUGGAGCUUGACGUAGAGCAGCUGGCCGACCAGGAAAAGGGGCUGCAGGACAGUCUGAAGUCCAUCAACCGUACUCGUCUGGCCGAGGAACAGGAUGUCCAGAACAUGGCCGAUGCCACCGGUGACAUCAAACGACGGCAACAAACUUACAUGACCAAAGCGGAUCUGCUUCAGGCUUUAAUGGAGGCCAUGAAACGUAAACUGGACGAGGCCAAGACAGGUCUCCGAACAGCUGAAUUUCCAGCGGGAGAUGCGCCUCUGGGUCCAAACCUUUUCUCCUCAUUGGCGCAGGCUGCAACAGGCUUGGCUGAUAAACAUCAGACAAAGGCGGUGGCAGUGGAGAGGAGCGCCAACGAGGCUCUGGGCGACUCCGAGAAAAGUCUGGAGCUGAUGCGGAACCUUGUCACCAAAGGGAAAAGUGUCAACGAUUUGAUUGGAGGAGUAAAAACUUUGUACGACGGGAUGGGGGCGCGGGUCAAAGGUUUGGAAAACCAGGCGAUCCGCGUGGGUGACGAGGCCAAGGUGGAGAGUAACAAGGCCUACGGCAUGCUGGAAAACAUUAACAGGAUGGCCAGAGACAUCCCACCCGCCCUGACGGGGGAGACGGACGCCAUGGCGGCCAAGCUGAACCUCCUGAAGAAGGCCGUCGAUGGGAACGUGGCGGGCUUCACUGCAUUGCGAGACGACAUAGGGCGGGACACGGUCGCCGUCCGUGAUCUGCUGGACCAAGGCAGGAAUGCUAUGCAGGACAUGGGUGUGCUGACAGGCAAAGUGGAUGCUGCGUAUGCCGACACCAAAGGGGCGGUGCAGCGCAUCAACAGCAACACCAACAAGCUGGACACCGCCCUCAGUACUCUGAGAGGCUUUGACCAGCAGAUUGCGAACGGCCAAGCACAGGCUGACGCCGCCAUUAAGCGACUUCCUGCCAUCAAUGCGACCAUUCAGCGGGCUGCCAAGAACAACGUAGAGACACGGGGCCUGCUGGACGCCGUGUCCGCUGACUCCGAUGGGGCCAUGGCGUCCAUCAAUCGACUGGAGAGCCUGAUCCCCAGUCUGGAGGGAGCCAUCAGGUCCACACCGCCUCUUGGAAACGAUGUCAGCAAAUUUCACGAUGCUACCAAACAACUGCGGGUGCUGGCCGGCGACGUCGGCGCAGAGGUCGCCGGCGAGCUUGACAAUGCCAGAAACCUGGAAGCGGAUGCCGUGCAGGCUGGUGAUGCUGCCGCCGGCGCCAUGAGGCAUGCCAAAGAGGCCAGAGAUGCUGUAGGACGAAUGCUCCGAGACAUCGCCGCCGGUCUGGUUAACAUCAACCAACCGGGCACAUUUGACCCGAGCCGCCUUCAGGAGCUGGAAAAAUCGCUGGCGGCGACCCGGCAAAACGUGGAGACGAAUCUGGAGCCUCAGCUGAGAGACGCAAUUGCCCGCGAGGCGGCGCAGCGCCGCCGACUGGCCCUCUUAAACAGGGACAUCGACACCAUCUUGUGGGACAUCGCCAACCUGGAGGACAUCUUGGCGACCGUGCCCGAAGGAUGCUUCAACAGCCCCCCCAUCGAGAAGCCCUGAAAUGUAUCCACGUGACAUUCCUUGGGGGAAUCUCCUUCCCUUUUCACAGCCUACACAGGCCUGUCCUUGCCGUCGGGCGCGUGCUCUAAAUUAUGGCACACAUUGCUGCUGUUAUGAUCUGAUUUGCUGCCAGCCAUUUUAGAGCAUUUAGACUAAUCUGUCAAGGCCCACAUAAUUUAGUCUUCUACAAUUUUAUUUAGAAACCUAACAAAAAAAAAAGACACUAUUUAAAAGCUAUUCAGCAGUAGAACAUGGGUUGUUUUGUUUUCACACAAAACACAGCUUUCCAACCAAAACGCAGAGAAAAACAGCUUUUGUGAAAAUAAACAACAGUGACCUAGAUGCUCAUAUAUUUUGGGCCGUGACCGACGCUGACUCCGAGCAUCACUGGCUUUUUUUACAUAGUCCAAGCCAUUCACUCUGUGUUUUGUCUACUUUUCUCAUCAUCGCGACACAUACAUAUCCAUACUCCUUUGGCGUGUGAGGUGGCUCAGUUUGUCCGAGAUGUGGCCAUUUCGCUCCCUCAUUGACGUGAGAAGUUGAGAUUCAUCUCCUAAUCUUUAUCUUCAACUCAAAGGCUGUGCUGAUCUUAAUUCCACUUCACGGCCAUAUCUAUGGACGUGUGGGUCAUUACAGUGGUUUACCAGCCAAAAUUUUACAGACAAGCUGGGUGGGAGCCUCUUCCGUGCUAACCCGUUGAAAACUGGAAAAUACAUUCAUCGGCUUCCAGUUGACAAAUGGAAACGUGAGUUAAUGAUGUCAUGAGUUCAAGAGUUAAAAAUAGCGUCCGAAUUUCAAUGAAAUGUUUGGGAACUGAACAAACGGCUCAUGUUUUGAAUUUCCUGAGGAGGUGGGUGCUUUUGGAGAUGAGAGCCUUCCGCCCGACAGCCAAGACACGCACGCCCACAGUCUCUUGCCUUGUGUUUCCUAUUUUUCUAUUUAUACAAUAACGUGUCCAUACCUCUUCUGCUGAAAUGUGAGCCGAUCGAUUGUCACGUGAUCAAUACGAUUGGUUUGACAUUGAAUAAAAGGCUGCAGACCAAG